AUUUUUCUCCCCCUCUCGUCUUCCAAACGAGAAGGCGGUGCACCACACGAAAUCUUAGAUUUUGCGGAAAGGAAAUUUUUUUCUGGUAACUCGCGGAUUUUUCUUUACUGAAUUUGGUUUCGAGCUCCCUGGAAAGAUGCAGGGAGAUGGCAGAGAUCCUUUCUUCAACUUUGGCAACCCUUUUGGCGGGUUUGGAGGUUUGGGUGGUUUUAGCAGUGGCUAUGGAGGUUCUGGGGCCCCUCGAAGUUUGAUCUCUAGCUUCUUCGGAGGCAGAGAUCCAUUUGAUGACCCUUUUUUCACCCGGCCUUUUGGAGGCAUGUUUGGGUCAAGCAUUUUUGGUCCUAGUAUGGAUCCUUUCACGGAAAUGCGUCCAUCUGGAUUUAUUGAGCAUCAGCAGCCACCCGAACCCAGAAGAUCACGUGGACCGAUAAUUGAAGAGAUAAAUUCGGACGAUGAGGAGGAACAGAAAGGGAAGAAAGGAAACCUUGGAAAACACGGCAGAUCAGGUGGUGAGCUGGAUAACGAAGAUCCUGAGGACAGAGUUGAAGGUGGGAGAAGGAACAAGCAAAUCCAAUACAUGAAUGACAAUGGUAGGGUAACCAAUGUGCAAAGGCAAUCACAAAAUCGUUGCUACACUUUCCAGAGCUCCAGUGUUACAUAUGGUGGCCACAGUGGUGACUACUAUACUUCAUCUAAGACGAGGAGGACGGGAAGUGAUGGAUUAACUGUUGAAGAAAGUCGAGAAGCCAAUUCUGCAACACGUGAAGCAACGCACAGGGUUUCGAGGGGCUUUCAUAGCAAGGGCCAUACAGUUACACGGAAACUUAAUUCAGAUGGUCAGGUGGAUACAAUGCAGACACUGCACAAUCUAAAUGAAGAUGAAUUGGCUGGUUUUGAACAAGCAUGGGAUGGAAAUGCUCGAAACUCUUUGCCGGGUUGGACUGGGUCCAUUGGCAGUAGUACUGGAGCUGGAAAUGGCAGAAGGAAUGACCGACCUCCCAUGGCACUUCCCUCAACCACGAGUGGUCCUCCGAGGAGGACGAAGGCUGCAAUGAAUGUGAAAGAAAGAGUCGGCCACUCUCGUGGGCAUUUCAGAAACUAAAUCUCAGGACACUGGCUUUGCUUUCUUACUUCUACGAGGCCCUUAGCCUAUCUGUCUCGUCCGUACUGUACGAACUGAGUAAUAGUCGAGUCUUGGAGGAGGGUUCUGUUGUUGUCUUGAUCCGUGUUGUAGACUCGUAAUAUGAUAAUAUAUAUGUUUUGAUUGCA